CUCCUUUUCCUUAUUCCUAGAUGGCUAGGGUGUUGUCAGAUCCUCUAAAAGUUGGGAGGGUGAUUGGAGAUGUUCUUGAUCCUUUCAUCCCAACCAUAAAAAUGUCUGUAUUUUACAAUAAGAAAGAAAUCUUCAACGGAUAUGAGCUCUUCCCUUCCACAGUGACCACCAGGCCCAGGAUUGAGAUUGGAGGUGACAUGAGGUCCCUCUUUACACUGAUCAUGAUAGACCCAGAUGUUCCUGGCCCUAGUGAUCCUUAUCUUAGAGAGCACUUGCACUGGAUGGUGACUGACAUUCCAGGCUCAACAGAUGCCACAUUUGGAAAGGAGUUGACAAGCUAUGAGAUCCCAAUGCCUAUUAUAGGGAUCCACAGGUAUGUGUUUGUCCUUUUCAAGCAAAAUCGCAAGAACAAGGGUGUUGUUAGUGUUACCCCACCAUCAGCUUCAACUUCAAGUAGGGAUCACUUCAACACUCGCGAUUUCUCUGCUGAGAAUGAUCUUGGCCUCCCUGUUGCUGCUGUCUACUUCAAUGCACGGAAGGAAACUGCUCCAAAGCGGCGCUAGGGUUAGCUCUAGGGGGACUCUAGUCUCUAUAUGAUGAUGAGGAGUUUCAGUGCUAGCUAGCUUCAACCUCAUGUGUGUUCAAAUCAAACAACUUGCUGGAAUCUAAUCAUAGUUUAUAUUUAUUCUCUUGAGUUUUCUUGUUUAGUGAAAUUAUAACUCUUGGUGUUGCUACUAAUUAGGUUGGUCAAAAAGUAACUUUAACUGUUCUGUGGGUGUGUUAAGUCCAUGUUUUUUCUCUUUGUAACUCAGGGUUUAGUUUCACUUAUGUAUCCUUUAGUUGUUUAGGGUGAGU